AUGGUUCAAAGGAGGCAACUUUCCUUUCCCCGUCUCCCUGGUCCAGCUGCUGCUUCAUUAUCUGACUUGAGAAACUUUCCCAUGUUUGGUGGUCAAAGCAACUUGUGUAGGCAACCAUGCCCGAGGAGAGUUUACCAUUGUAUAUGGAUGUUUGUAUUUCUACAAACAAAUUGCGGCAAUGAAGGGGAAGGAAAUGUUCUCAAGAUAACAUCCAUGCCUUCUCAUCUGAUUUACUCAUUUGCCAGAGUGGGAGGAAUGAAGACCAGAAGGCUGGUGUCCAGAUUUUCCUCAUCUCAAGGACCCGACUUUAGACAAGAGUCUGAAGCUAAGAGGAAGCUUGCCUUCUCAUCUUACUUGCUUGAAAGACUUAGCUUGUUGUCCGGGUGUGGUGUGGGGUUCUACAUGAUGAAAGGGCCAGUACUACUUGUAACAUGGAAUUAG